GCAAGGCUCCCUGAAGACCUAUACUACAGACCUUCUCUAUUAAAAGUACAGCUGUGGAACUGAUAACCAAACUGUGGAGGAUAUACCUGAGACUGACAUGCCAAAGCGAGAAACAGACAGCAGGAAAAAAGAAACUAACAACCAGUCAAACACAGAGUUUAUAAGAGGAUAAAUAAAGGAGGCUACUGUUGACUAUGAUGAAGAAGAACAACGAAAUAGAGGACAGCACAAUGCUGAUUGCUUUGUCGGAGCUCCCAGACAAUAGCUACGGAAGCAUGGAUACAGAGAGAUUUCCCCAUAAGGACAGCAACGUGUUUAGUGAUGGCAUCACACACAUUGAUUUUGUGCUAGUGUGGGAUGAACCUUUAAGUAAAUCACUGCCUGUUAAACCGGAGGACACAUCAACUCAAACCAGCAAUGACAUCCACAAGAAAUGGAGGGCCGAGUUCUUGUCCAGGCUGCGAAACACUGGCCUCCGUCAGGAGACGAAAGAGGUUGUGCACGGAGAGACAAAGACAACAUUUGCCCUCUUAAGUGCCCCCUGGAGUGUGCUGUGUUAUUAUGCUGAGGAGAUCAAUCUUCAGGUUCCACUACAGGUCGAGACAACUCAAGAAUCCAACUGGUCAGAGACCAUCCUGGACAAGUUACACAUCCCUAACAUCUUAGCCCAAAAAGUGCCCAACCCUCCACCAGACUACUACACUUGCCAGUUCCGUGCUAAGAAGAUAGAAAGGUUUCUUGGACAUGAAAACAGAGACAGUUUCUUCAAGACAACACAGAGACAUCAAAUCCUGUAUGAGAUAUUAUCUCGGACACCAUUCGGUGCAUUGAAGAGGGGAGAGGUUGGAGUAGCCAGGCUGAUCAAUGAGAAAGUGUUCACAGCUGCCUAUCCAUUACACGAGGGACCAUAUGAGAAGCCCAGUGGCCCAGUGGAGCCUUCCUCUCUGAACAUGAGGCAGAUCUUGUACCAGUACUGGGGGCGCUGGGGCUGCUGGAAGAAGUACCAGCCUCUGGACCACAUCCGCGAAUACUUCGGCGAGAAGAUCGCACUCUACUUUGCCUGGCUGGGGUUCUACACAGGGUGGUUACUUCCUGCUGCAAUUGUGGGCUUCCUCUUGUCUUUAUUUGGUAUCUGGCUCAUGGUCACUGAUGUGCCAGCGCAGGAGGUCUGUAGCCAUGGCAACAGCAUUGUCAUGUGUCCACUCUGCAACAUCUGCAGCUACUGGAACCUCUCCAGCAUCUGCUACACUUAUAGGGCAGGCUUAUUGUUUGACAAUGGAGGAACCGUGUUCUUCAGCAUCUUCAUGUCUCUGUGGGCAGUCACCUUCCUGGAGUACUGGAAACGCACCUGCUCCAUUCUGGCCCACCGUUGGGACUGCUCUCAGUUCGAGGAUAAUGAGGAGAGGCCAAGACCGGAGUUCGCUGCCAUGGCUCCUAUGACCAUCCGUAACCCCGUGACAGGCGCGGAGGAACCUCAUUUCCCCGAGACCAGCCGUUUUAGGCGAAUUGUUACCGGCAACAUGGUCAUCAUUCUCAUGGUUGCCGUGGUGUUGAUGUUUCUAAUGACAAUUAUCCUUUACCGCACCAUCCUGAGCAUUAUCAUCUACAGAUCUCAGAAUGCCUUUUUCAUAUUCUCUGCUGGAAGGAUAGCAAGUAUCACUGGUUCUGUGCUAAACCUAGUAGUUAUUCUUCUACUGUCCAAAGUCUACACAUAUCUAGCUGAAGUCCUGACCAAAUGGGAAAUGCACCGGACUCAGACCAAAUAUGAAGAUGCUUUCAUCCUCAAGGUGUUCAUCUUCCAGUUUGUCAACUUCUACUCGUCUCCCGUCUAUAUUGCAUUUUUUAAGGGCAGGUUUGUUGGAUACCCUGGAAACUACUAUACACUUUUUGGGAUUCGAAAUGAAGAUUGUGGUGCCUCAGGAUGUCUAAUUGAGCUUGCUCAAGAGUUGUUGGUCAUCAUGGUAGGCAAACAAGUUAUCAGCAACGUUCAAGAAUUUGUUCUCCCUAAGAUAAAAACAUGGUGGAACAAGAGGAAACUCUAUCCAGCUCAAAAAAUAAAGGAGCAGAAUGAGAAAGAGAGGGCGGCACCCUGGGAAACUGACUAUGAGCUGUUAGUGUGCCAGGGUCUGUUUGAUGAGUAUCUGGAAAUGGUCCUGCAGUUUGGCUUCAUUACCAUCUUUGUGGCAGCCUGUCCCCUGGCGCCAUUCUUCGCCCUGGUAAACAACUGGGUGGAGGUGCGCCUGGAUGCGCAGAAGUUCGUCUGCGUGUACCGCCGGCCCGUUGCGGAGAGGGCACAGGACAUUGGAAUAUGGUUCACAAUUCUGCAGAUCAUCACCUACCUGGCUGUGGUUAGCAAUGCUUUCCUGAUUGCUUUCACAUCGGAUUUCCUGCCUCGCCUCUACUACCGUUAUACCACCGAGGGAAGUCUGAGAGGGUACAUUGAUUUUACCCUCUCCAUCGCUCCAGAUAACUUCACCCAAAAUUAUAUGCAGUGCAGGUAUAGAGGCUUCAGAGAUGAAAGGGGAAGCCACACUCCUGAAUACUAUCACCUGCUGGCCAUUCGGCUAGGUUUCGUCAUUAUAUUUGAGCAUGUGGUGUUCCUGAUUGGUCGCAUAAUCGAUUGGAUGGUCCCAGACAUUCCAGAGGAAGUGGAGAUAAAGAUCAAGAGAGAGCAGUACAUGGCAAAAGAAGCCCUGGCCGAGAACCAGUCUCUCGAGGAAUCAGUUCUGGAGGAGAUGUCGCAUCAACAAUCUGAGCUACGCCACAGAGGAAGACCUCGGAGCUCGGCAGCUUCACCUCAUGACACAGACUCCCCUCCACCAAGUCUGACACCUGUACCCGAAGGCAAACCUUCGCUCUGACCUCUAACAGUUUUGUCCUGAUGGGAAAGGGGAAAUGGUUGUCUAUACAAUACACCGAGAAAGGGAGGGAGAGGUCAUUGUCUGGCCCAUCAAACCAAAAAUAAACCAAGAACAAAUCUGAUAUUGGUUUAGCUCUGCAUCUUCUAAUUAGAAGUUGGAAAAUAGCACAAAGGUGAUGGUGAGGACAUUGUGGAAUGUUUAACCCUCCUUUUGUGGAAUUCUUUUCUCUUUUUUGUGUGCUCCAUAAUCAUGUAGGAGCAGUUGCUCAACUAUGAAUCAUAUUGACUGACUGUCAUGAUACUACCUAUUUUAAAGAUGUACCAAAAUUAAAUAUUUAUGUAUUUUUGCACAGCUAGCCAUUUUUAAAGUACACCCAUGUAGUAAGCAGAAAUCCAAAAAAAAAUGACCUUUUGUCCUUUGUUUGUUUGAAUGCUCUAUGAUUUUAAAUGACUCAUUUCAUCUUGCCAAAACACUAUAGUAUUAAGACUAUUAGAACUAUCCUACAAAGGGUUUUCAAAGUGAUACUUCCUGCACCAUCUUUGUAUUGUGAAAUGUUCUUUGUGAAACAUUAUUUUAACCAAGGGGCCCUAGAAAUAUCACAUUUAUUGUUUCUACUACAAAUACGGCAAGGGGGCAUUUUCUAUUCAGUGAUUAUAAGGAUUGCCUGUUGAUAAAGGUUUGAACAUAGCUGACCCAUACAGGUUUCAAGGAUCUUUCAGUGCUCAGCAGUACCUUAGCGCCCCUGCUGAACACUAAAUCCCCUUAGGCAGCUAGAAUAGGUUCAAAUAUGGUGUCAAACAUUUGAGUUGAUCAUAUUUAAUUAAGUAAAUUUAAUUGAAUUAUCUUCAUUUUCCAACCAAGGCUAGACAUUUUUAUUUGGUUUCUGUUCAAAUGCAACAAUUGAAACAAUCACAAUUAUAACACAAUGUGACAUUCACAAAAAUAAAAACAAAUAAAACAACAAAUCGUUGCUUAUGUGCAAACAACAAAUGUAUUGCUUACCUUUCUAUUUUGAAUUACUUAUAGGCCAGUUAUAUAUUGCUGUUGUUAUUAUUAUUAUUAUUAUUAUUAUUAUUAAAUUGUAUUUCAAGCUUGUAAUCCUAGAAGAAAGUAAGAAAACAAAUCAGAUAUUUAGUGGAAACUAAAGAAAACAGAAAACAGCUAUUUAACUAUUUAAAUAGCUAUUUAAAGUUAGUUAUCUCUAGUUAGAAACUGCAGAUUUUCAGCCAUACCAGUGCUUAGAAACACAUGUAAACAGCAAGCUUUAUUUUGUUGAUAGGAAACAGGUCUCUACUAAUAUUCAUAAAAUGUCAUGUUUAAUCCAGUAAAUUGCAGAAUGCAGAUUGUGACAGUAAAAAAUAAAUAAAUAAAUAAACACCCCAGUGAAUCCGACUGGAACCAUACAGCUCUACUGAUGUUGGUCUUCAGUGGAACAAGAGCAGUGCACUUAUUAUCCUAUUGUCCUACAAUGCCCCCACUAUAAUGCUCCUGUAGUUCACUGAUGCCACCAACAUCAAAGUCAUGGGUUCAUUUCCCAGCACGUAUACUGUCAUACUGAUAAAUAUGAAAGAGUCUCUGUCAAAUGUGGAUUUGAGAAAUAUACAUUAAACUUUGGAACUAUUAAUAAAUUAAUUCCCAAU